AUGCAGAAAAUCGUUGAAAACAUGACAUUGCUGCCUGAUUACACCAUGCUAAGAUCAAAGAUUUCAAAGGGAUUUCCCUUUAUAAAUGCAGACGAGUGGAAAUCGUGGUGUCUGGUAUACUCUCCAGUGGUUCUACAAGGCGUACUACCAAAGCAAAAGUUUGAGAAUUGGAUGUUUUUUGUGAAUGCCUGCCGUUUCCUUACCAAGCCAAAUGUUUCCAAAGAUGAUAUACAGUCAGCACACAUAGCACUUGAGAAGUUUGGUAAAGAUUGUGAAAGGCUGUAUAGCAAGGAUCUGUUAUCUCCAAACAUGCAUCUCCAUCUUCAUCUUCGCAACACAAUCAAGGACUUAGGGCCUGUUUAUGGGUACUGGCUCUUUAGUUUCGAGCGAUACAACAGUGUUCUAAAGAAUAUCAAUACCAACAGAAGGAGCGGCUUUGAAAUGACAUACAUGAAAACAUUCAUUGAAGAUACCCGUAAAGGCGAUUUUGUUUGCAAUUUCUUGAAGACAUCUGGUCCAUUCAAUUUCUCCGGCAUCUUUGAUAAAUUGGUAACUGGUUAUAGUCCUGCUGAUUCUACAACUAGCACCGCCUUGUACAAUUGGUUCUCUCUACCAGACUUUCUUGAUGCUGCUGAAAAUCCGAACUUGUCAAUUCGUGGUAACAAGCCUUUGCUACCAUCAGCGCUGCCCUUGCAAAAAAAAGCAUAUGAGAUGAUGCCAAGACAGGAGUAUGAUUGUUUGGUAGGAUAUUACCAAGCUGUUUACAAUGAUCCCACCAUCUCCAGUUGCAAAGAUGUGAUUCAAGAUACAGCUUUCGUCAAUGACUGGAUCGAAAUGCUCAAAUCCGUCAACCUCCUUGGCCAGACAUUCAAGGGAAGUAGAGGUACAAAUGGAAGAGGAUCAUAUAUACAAGCAAUGUUCAUAGAAGGUCGAAACGGAGCAAAGUAUGCGUAUGUCGGAGAGAUUCAGUACCUAUUUGUUCAUUCAUUUAGUCCACUUGUUUCUACUCCACAUCACAGAACACCCCAAAGUAGCCAACAUACAUUUGCUUAUGUAAAAUGGUACAAGGCUUCCAAGGAGACAAGUAGAAAAAUUGCAGGCGUAGAAAUAUGGGAUGUUGCGUUUUCUUUGCCUGACUUUCAAAGCAUCUUGCCAGUGCACCAAAUUCUCCUUCCUGUUGCAAUUGUUGACCAUACAACAUUACAAAAUAUCAGCAAAAAACUUAUUGUUUCUUUGUCUAGAAAACUUUACUUUUAA